GCAAGCUAGAAUGAAAAAUCCUUCGCAAAAAUACAAAUUUAGUGUAUUUGUAGCCUUUGUAAUAUAGUGGAAUAAUGUGAAUUAUAUCACCAGGACAAUAAUAUGUAUUUUAGAGUAAUUUUUGUAAAGAAUACGCCAAUGUAAGCCCAAGAAAAAAUGACGCGAAAAUUCAAUUUCAGUUGCGUGCAGCAGCACCUACAAAAUCAGUGUCAGUGUUUGUUGUAGAAAUAAAGUGGCAGCAGAUUCGCAACUGCAAUUGCGUUCUUAUAUAUAAUAAGUGGCAAUGGUGAAACUAUAAAAGAGACUGCAGAGAAGGCGAAAAUAAUUGAUUGAGAAACGUGCGUGCAUAAAUCAAUUUUAAAUUAGGCAAACGUGAAUAUUGGGCGAAAAGAGGCGCGAAAAGUUCGCAACAAAAUGGUUGUCUCGAAAGACAACAAGCGUCGCCGUAAGGAAACAGAGACCCCGCCGCCCCCAACGUCUGCGUCGUCAGCGACGACGACGCAGCAGUCGGCGGCGGCAGCAGCUGCGACAGUGGAGUCAUCACCCGAAAUGCCCAAAAGAACAAAGGUGCAGGCACAACGUAAAUUCGCCCAGGGUCAGAGCGCGCCCACAUCCUCCAGUGCUUACAGUUCUGCCCUCAACUCAGCCAGCAGUUCUGCCACGACGGCAGGCGGGCCGAGUACAUCGACGGCAGAGACCCAACCACCCAUUGAGAUACUGCCUAAUAAGUGUCCCAAGCCUCAAGAUUUUUUAACGUUCCUCUGUUUUCGUGGCACCCCAGCGCUGCCGCCCCAUUUGGACUAUUUGAAUCAGGGAAAAUCCAAAGAAACCGAUAGCACAACAGGCAGCAGUAACAACAAUAGUAACAAAAAGAACAAUAGCAGAGCGGCUGCCAAUAGCAAAAAGAAACGCGGGCGUCCGGCAAAGGGAGGAGAGAGUACCAGUAAGGCGGAAGUAGUCGCCAGCAAGGUUCUAGAGCCAGAAAAGCCCACGAUAGCAAUAGCAGUCGCAACAAAGACCACCAUGUCGGACCAGUUGGCGCCUGCGAAAAUCGCUACCACAGAACAACCAGAAAGUGAUAGACCAAUGCCUCCGAUACUUGCGGGUGCUGUUCGUAAACGUGCCGAGGUUGUGACCGAAGGAAAUCGACGAGGUGGACGACGCAGUGGCAACAAAUUGGCCACCCAGAAUAAGUGCAAUACCUCCGUGGAGACAAAGCGACGUUCGAAUCGUGCGGCAACUAAGGAGAGCAAACCAAUGGUAGAUGGUGAAACUGACGAGGAGGAGGCUGAGGAAGAUGGUGGGGAAGAUGAUGACGAAGAAGAUGAAGAUGAAUACUUCUCAGCGCAUGAUGCCAGUUCACGAAAUGGAGGCGAAGAAGUCAAUGCAGAUCCCAAGCUUGGAGCUAUGAUCAAAACUGCAGCCUUGGCAUUGCGUAAAUCGGAGACGCCCUCAAAGGACAGCGAUGCGGGCAAAUCGGCGGGCAAACGUGGCAGACCAGCAUCUAAGAAAACUGCUGAAGCAGCAGCAACCGAUUCUGCAACAGAAAAGGUUAAGGAAAAGGAUAAGGCGCCUGUUAAGCGUGUGCGGCAACGUGAAUCACCCAUUUUUAUACCUUCGCCUGAAUCUUCGGGACGAAUGACGCGACAGCGUGCUUUUUUUGAGCCUGUCAAGGUGCCGCCACAUGAUGAUAGCCCAAAAUCAGUGGAGGUACCAACGGAACCACCCAAAGAACUAGAGAAGAAAACAGCUGUAAAGAAGGAUGCCAAGAUUGAUGACGCGGCAAAGAAUGCCAAGGAGACAAAGGAGAAGACUAACUCCAGUAUUUAUGCCAAAGAUGCGAAACAGCACCUGGAAAACGGAGGCACUGGUCCGGGUGCCGAUGGUGGUGAGGAUGGAAAAGGUAAGAACAGCUUAAACGUCUUCGAUUUCUCCUCCGACGAUGAGCAACCGCUGGCCAAAGCCAUUAAACUAAAAAAAGGUGGCAAGGGCAACAGUCCCAAGAAGGGGACCGCGGCAACAACAACACGUGGUCGUAAAUCAGCGGGAAAAAAGCAGCCGCUAUUAAUAGAAGAGGUAGCUGUUCCUGAGCUGAAAGUGGAAACGCCAAACGCAAAGGCAGCGCUAGAGACAGUGGAGAAGACUGUUGAGGUUAAGGGUAAAGCUCCAGUUGUCACACCUGUUACCAAGCGCGGCAAGACGGUAAAGAAAAAAGCUGACGAUAGUUUAACUGAGCAGGAAGAAUUAGCACCGCCUUCACCCAAGAAAGCCGCAAAUGCGCCAAAUACGCGACAGCCUCGAAAGACGAAAGGAAAGGCGGAAGUCACAGAGAAAGCGCGCUCUCCAAGUCCACCGCAAAGGUCGCAGAGACCUUCGCGCAAGACCAAGGAAGCGGCGGCUAUUUACAUGGGCAUCAUUGGCCACAAACUGCAACUGGCCGAUGAUGAAGACGAUGAUCUAUCGCUCAGCAGUUUUCCCGACAUUCCUAAUGUAAAGGAAAUGGAAAAAAUGGAGAAGGAGAUUAAAAAGAAUGCGGCAUCGGGAAAGUUGAUCGUGCCUGAGGCGUCGACGGGGCCAACGGCAGCGAAGAAUGCACGCAAACCGUCACCCAAACCACCGCUGACCGCACCACAAUCCUCACCAUCAGCAGCAGAAUUAACUAUACCUGCACAAUCGACCGUAAGAGUUGUCACACCAGAACUGCCAACACCCGUAACAACGUCAGCGCCUGAAGAGAAACCCACACCUCCACGCCGUGGACGACCCCCAAAGCAAACAAAAAAUGCCGUGGUGCCUCCACCCAAACGUGAAAUAGAAGGAAUGUUGGUGAAGAAAGGCGCUCUUGCUAAAAUAGCCACAAAUGCAGUGCAACAGCAUCAGCAACAAUCGGAGCAGGGGAAGGCGAAAGCAAAGUCCGAACAGCAGAAAGUCGAUUCCGAUGAGGAGGAAGACUUUCUUAUAAACGAAGAGCUGAACGAAACCAAACGAAAAUUGGAGAAGAGUUUCAGCGAUUCCGAUGAUGAGCCAUUGGCCAUUAAAGUGGUGCCUCCCAAAAGUGGAAGUGUUGAAAAACAGGCUACGGGCAAUGUAGCGCAAGAUACGACAAAGCUGUUGCUGCCUAAGGCAUCAUCAUCAGCAACAACAACAACAGCACAACCGAGCACAACUACAGCAGCAACAACAACAGCAACUAUGCCUGCCCUCAAUCCAACCACAACUACGUCGCCAGGAGCUACACAGUUGACGAUGUUGCCAUUAACAGCAAAACCGUCACAAUUUGGCCCACUUGCACUGCCCGUCAGUGCUAAUUCCAUAUCGCCACCUAGCUAUGCACCUGUACCAUUGGUCAGCACCUCUACACCACCGGCAGCUAUCAAGCCCAUGGAGAAGAAGUCACCGGUGCCCACAUCGAAAAUUCUUAAUGUGCCCGCAACUUAUGCCCUACCAGGCACCGCUCUUGGGGCCACCGUCGGCGGCGGUGUGUCUGGUUUCCAGAAGACGACUUCGUAUUUGCCACAGGCAUCACCGCACUACCACACGCCUUAUGUGCGUCCGCCACCGACGCCGGCACACCAGUUUCCUGGAAGCAGUGGCUCUGCGAAACCACCUGCAGCCACAACAACGUCAGCAACAAUACAAUCACAACAACAGUCGCCCCUCAAAUAUCAGACGCCACCUACUACGUAUCCACCACCCAUUGAGGCCUACCAAUGCCCCAAAAUAAAUCCAAAUUUUCUAACGCCCAAAUACGAGCGAAGCGCCCUGCCCCGUGCCAACAACUCGUUUCCGUCACCCUCCCCCGUAAAAUUCGAUGCGGGUCGUGGCUUGACUAGCUUGCCCACACCGGUGGUGGCUACCACAGGAAGCGGUACCAUUGCGAAUCCCGCACUUACCUCUAAAAGUGCAUUACCACCGCCUCUAUCGCCGGCGGUGCUAAGUCAAGUCUCGCCACAGGUCAGCAGCGUCAAUCUCAGCAUGUCCAAUUCGACGAGUAGUGUGUUGCCGACUGCGCCACCACCACCGACGACCACCGUGGCUACAGCGUCUACAUCAGCAGCAGCGGCGGCGGCAGUGGCUUCCGCGAUGGCAACGGUGCCCACACCACCGCCCGCCCAUAGCGGCAACAAUAACACACCCGUCACCACCACCAGUGCCGACCCGCUUAAGGAUGCCAUUGGCAGUAUUUUGGCCGCUAAUCUCAUGCCCAGCAAAGAGGAGUCCGGUAAAAUCUUUGGCAUUGCCAGUGUAAGUCUGGCCCAGAGCUCUGGCCCUGACAACACAAAGUGUACGCUGGGAAAAUGUGGCUCUAUACACAAGCCCGUUCUAGGUCCAGUGGUGCCCACAGAGAAUUAUUUUGGGGAUCAGCUAUCGAGCAAGGAGCGACGCAAAGCCAAAGUAAAUAUGACCCAUGAACAAAUACAAAAGUGGCUCAUAGAAUGCUCUUCUAAUCCGGAUGAAAUACAAGACGAUCUCGAUGAUGAUUUCGACGAUAGCUUAAGGCCGAAUCAAUCGACAACGCCUCCACCAACUCGAGACGACAAGGAGAGCACUACUUUCAGUUCCUCGUCGAAGAAUACACGAGAGCUGGGCAAGAGUGAGAGCGCAUGGUCCGCCAAGGGACCUUCUUUGAAGGCCACGCCUGUGGUCGCGGCCCCGGGCCGUAAAGAGGAGGAGUCCAAAGAUGAUUUGGAUUACGAUAAGGCAGCAACGCCUGUUAAUCUCACACAAAAAUCCAAUGCGGCAGUACAUGAACCAACAACAACUACAACAACAAACUCUGCCGCAGCGACAGAUAAGAAGCUGACAGCGACGCUGGCCGAUAAGAAAGCCAAAGAUGCAAGCAAGACAACUGCGACGACAUCAACAGCUGCGGCGACGUCCGCCAAAGACAACAAUACCAAGAACCAGCAGCACCAACAACAAUCACAACAGUCUCUGCAGGUAGCGGGUAAACGUGGCGCUGUGACGCCCACUCCUGCAACGCCCCCACCAGUUAAGCAAAAUCGGCAAAACAAGAAGAACGCAACCGCUGCGGUUGUGACACCCACCAGCGCUGCCUUCUCGGCGAACGCAACCCAAAAGCAAACAACAACGCCAGCUACUCCAAAGCGCACACCCGUUUACAAUCAAAAGGCACAAACCAAGGCACAGGCUCAGGAAGCGGCUAAACAACAGGCGACAGCAAACGCCAUCACAACGGCAGCUUCUCAAAAACGUGGAGCAGCAGCAUCUGAUUCCGUGUAUGCCUUCGGCAAAGAAGAGGAGACUGCAACUGCUCCCAAGCCCACAACUAAUCGUCGCAAGAACCUCCCAGAAACUAAUCCGGCGGCGCCACCAGCAUCGGUACCAAAUGCGCUUAGCGAGCGUUCGCCUACGAAAAAACGAGCGGCUGCUGCCGCAGCUGCCACAGCAGUGCAACUGACACUGAGUCCCACCGAAAACUGUAAGUUGCUCAAGGUGGGAGGAGGUGAGAAUAAAGGCAAGGCGAGCGGACGUGGAGCUAAGAAACAGGUGCAGUCAGAGGUGACCAAAAAUGAGGCAGCUGCUGGCGACUCCGAUGCCGAGGGUGCCACAUUCUAUAUACCACUACAAGGUGCGGGAGUGGGAGGCAAUGGCGAUGGAGGCAUACAAGGUGUUGCCGUCAAACUGGGACGCGAGGGACCCGACGGACCUAAUCAGAAGGUGGUAAUGCAAGCGACGCUUGUCACCAAAGCGCAAAUGGAUACUAAUUCCAAGCCGUUACCUGAGGCGCUUAACACUAACGAGCUGGUAAAGACUCUACUCAAUGCCGCCACCAAUGAUGUGACUGCGGGUAGUGGCAAGAAAUCCGUCGGUGGGUCCGCCUCCAAUAGUCUAAAGAGCGCACCAACGGGUCGGAAACCGGAGCUUCCCAGCACAUCGGCGGCAGCUGCAGGUGGAAAUACCAGUCUGGUUCGUGUUAACUCCAAUUCCUCCCUCUUCUCCGGCUCCGCCAAAUCUCGUACAGCGGCACAAGCGAGCUCCACGGCAGCGGCGAUAGCCAAGAAGUACAAGGAUGACACACCCAUCAAGAUGGCCAAUAAUACGGCUUUUCCCCGACACGAUGAUCCAACACAAAUGGUGGAAGCGCCCAUUUUCCGACCAACAGAGAAAGAAUUUGCCGAUCCGAUAGAGUUCAUUGAACGCAUAACCCCUAUUGCGGCACGUUUUGGCAUCUGUAAGAUCGUACCGCCGGCUACAUUUAAACCGGAGUGCCGGAUCUCGGAUGAGAUGCGUUUCACUGCCUACAAUCAAUAUGUGCACAAAAUGUUGCAUCGUUGGGGCCCCAGUGCGAAGGAACUAAGUGCGAUCAAAAAGUAUUUGGCCACGCAGAGCAUCGUAAUGAAUCAUCCGCCCUGGAUUGGCGGCAUGGAGGUCGAUCUGCCGCGACUCUAUCACACGGUACAGGAGCUCGGCGGUCUCAAGGAGGUGAUCGAGAAGAAGAAAUGGGCGCGUGUCGCUGAAGAAAUGUGCAUACCGAAGUUGGCGCAGGAUCGGGUCACCAAACUAGAUGAUAUAUACUGCAAGUACCUGCUGCCAUAUGAUACGCUCUCGCCUGCCGAGCGUCAGAAGCUCUUCGAUGAGGUCGAGGCCGAUUGGGCCAAACGGGAGGCGCGUGCGCGACGGAACGCGGAUCGUUUUGUCAACACGGAGAGUGUAUCGAAUGAGGAAGAUGAUGUUUCUUCUGACGAGGAUGAGGAGUCCGAAGAGGAGAUCGAUGGUGUAUCCAUGGAGUGCAUUGUGAAGGGACGCAGUAUGCCCCUUAGCCAAUUCUUUCGUAUCGCUCGAAACACCAUGGCCCUGUGGUUCAAGAACACAGAUCCCACCGUUAACGAAGUGGAGGCGGAGUUUUGGCGCCAUGUUGCCGUCCGUGACAGUCAUGUGUGUGUCCAUUCUGGUUCUAUCGAUUCUUCAGGCUGGGGCUAUGGCUUCCCUAGUCCCGGACCCAAAGGCAAGGGCUCGAAUUAUGCGCGUCAUCCGUGGAACCUUAAAGUACUAACUAAUAAUGCCAGUUCUGUGCUGCGAUCUCUUGGACCGGUGAUGGGCGUAACAGUCCCCACGCUUCAUGUGGGAAUGCUCUUCUCUGCCUGCUGUUGGUAUCGCGAUCCGCAUGGUCUCUCCUGGAUCGAAUAUCUGCAUACGGGCGCCUCUAAGUUGUGGUAUGGCAUACCCGACGACCAGAGCGCUAACUUCCGAGCGGCCCUUACUUCGUUAAUUCCGACGCAUUGUCAAAAUAAGACUAUCUGGCUGCCCUGUGACACGGUGAUGGUUCCGCCACAUAUGCUUACGGAUCGGGGAGUCUCAUUGUGUCGCAUCGAACAGAAGCCCGGCGAGUUUAUUGUGGUCUUUCCACGAGCCUACACAUCUAGUCUGGCAACCGGCUAUGUAGUAUCCGAGAGUGUAUACUUUGCUACAAUGUCGUGGUUGGAUCUGGCUAAGGACGAUUUCAGGGAUAUACACGAAAGCUGUGAGCCAGCAAUGUUCUCAUUGGAGCAACUACUGUUCGCGCUGGGCUACGAUCAGCGUGUCAAUUCGGACACCUUGCAGCAGAUGCUGCCCAUGCUGAACGAUGUGUGCGAGAAGGAGUCGGCGGCUCGCGAACAGCUGCGGGCUGCCGGUGUUACAUCCACUGAAAAAGUGCAAUCGGAGAAAGGUCAAAAGGCGAAGAAGCAACAGCAGCCGCCGUAUAAGUCAAUCGAAAGCGAAUGCGAUCUCUGCCGCGCCAAUUUGUAUAUAUCGAUGGUGCGGACCGAGGAGGGCAACGUCUACUGUCUGCAACAUGCACUGAAAAAUCUCAACAAUGGCAACAUACAGGCCAAGCAAUGCAAACUGAUCUAUGCGUACAAUGUUGAUGACAUACAGCAACUUAUAAGGACGCUGCAGGAGAAGAUUCACCAAAAGCUGCGCCAAACGGUGACGGCUGUGAAGAAAAAGUAGCAUCGUCGGCGUCGUUAUUAAGCGGCAAACGACAACGGAUACAGCAAAUUGUACAUAUUAACAUUUCUUCAAUGUAUUAUGGCAAUGUUUUCUCUUCAAGGUUUUCGAUUAGGCUAGUCUAAUGUUUAAGCGAAGGCAACAAGCGCGCGUAUGCAAUGAAUUUUGUUUUCCAUUUUUUCUCCAUUUAUUUUUGUUACGUUAUUAAUAUUAUUGUUUUCUCUUCCCUUAUUGUAUAUAAACAAGAAAUCAAAUUUACAAUUAGUGGUAGUGUAUGUGUAGUUAGAGCUUCGAUUAAGUCAAGAAAAAAAAAGCCCAAAAAACUAAAUCCCUCAGUCUCAGUUGACACACACAAGGCUAACUAUAACACAAGUUGCAAUUUCUUAUACCAUUUUAUAGACUAGACAUAAACGCAAUGAUGCAUAAAAUACUAAACUUAAAACGUUUAAUAGUUGUUAGAUUCGAGCUAAGCUGACAUGGGCAAAUGAUUUGAAAAAGUAUGAAUGUCAAUAAUACGAUGCCAAUUAAACGUAAUGAUGAAGUUGUAUUUGCAUUACAAUAGGAAGUUUAUUGAUGUGAGAGUAUAUUGAAAAGGUAGUUGCUAGACUAACUUUCAAAGUUACUAUAUGGAAAAGUUUAUAUGCGCAUUUUUUAAAACAAGCUGUGAAUCUGUCGGAAUGUAGUUGGAAAACCACCCACAGUAGCAAUUGUCAAAGAAAAGUUAUCACUAGUAGUUCGCUUAACACUUUCAUUAUCUGCUCCCAACCACAAUCACAUCCAAAUCCAUCAGCAAAAGGCUUAGAGUCAAUAAAAUGAGGAAAUCACUUUUAUAUUAUAUGUUCAAUGUAUUUAUAUAGUUGUAAUACCAUAUUUAAGUAACAAGUGCAACAAUAAAUCUUAACUCGAAAUAUUA